UUGUUGUCACUCGCAGUUUAUAAAACGCUGUUAACGAAGCCUAUAUAACACUUUAAGAAAAGAACGACUGUUGGUUUCGCAUUUAUUUCUAAAAAAAAUAAAUGUCAAAUUUGAAUUUACCCAACACUGUUGCAGCAUAAAAGACAUUUAAAAACCAUCCUUAAAAACAUACAUCUUGAUAAUACUAUGUUAAAUGUUAAUAAAAGUAAAUGAAACGUAAGACUCAUCAACGGAUCUAUGUAGGUUCUCAGGCAUUUAAUCCAAAAAUAGUUACAUCGAGGGCAACUGGACAAAGUUUAACUAUUUUUGGACUCAUCAACGAAGUCCAUGAAAUGGCUUCCUCAGACUGGCAUCUGUCGUUAAAGCUGAUGGAUCAACCUAAAUCCAUCUUCUACUUCCCUGAGAUGAUGCCGGGGGACGUUCCACCUGGAGGAUACAGAGUCGCUGCCUUAAAACAACUUGUUGCAGCUCAGUUGUCUGAAUCUAUCCCUGACCCUGAACUUAUAGAUAUUGUCCACUGUGGAAGAAAACUUAAAGAUGACCUCACUCUGGACGCCUGCGGGAUUCAUCCGGGAUCCACUUUACACAUUUUAAAAAAGGCUUGGCCAGAACCAGAGAGCAGCCCAGAGCCUGUAAAUAAAGCAAACGCAGCAAGAGAGUUUCGAGUGUUUCAUGCUGCUCUUCACUCCCUCAACUCCUCCUACAGAGACUCUGUCUACAAAUUGCUGACAAAUAAAGAAUCACUUGAUCAGAUCAUUAUAGCUACACCAGGACUGAAGUCAGACCCAGUGGCCUUAGGUGUGCUUCAAGAUAAGGAUCUGUUUGUGCAGUUUACAGACCCAAACAUGCUGGAUGUAUUAUCCAGCUCACAUCCAGCGCUGGUCAAUGCCAUCAUCUUGGUGCUGCACUCAGUAGCAGGCAGCAUGCCAUCACAGUCCAGUGCCAGCUCCUCUCGCAACGUCUCCUCCAGCUCCUACAGUGACAUGCCUGGAGGGUUCAUGUUCGAGGGCAUGUCUGACGAUGAGGAUGAUUUCCAGUCGGGAAGUCCAGCAGGACCCUCCAGCAGAGGGCCGCCGUCAGGGAUCCGCCCGGUGUCUUUGAGCCACAGCGGAGCAACGGGUCCUCGACCCAUAACACAGAGUGAGCUGGCGACAGCGUUGGCCCUCGCCAGCACUCCUGACAGCAGCGCCGUCACUCCCACAACAACAAGUCAGGUGGAUCCCUCUGGGGCGGCCCCCAUGUCAGCAGGGACCCCGGUCAGUAACGAUCUCUUCAGCCAGGCCUUACAACAAGCUCUGCAGGCCACCAACAUGUCUGCUCUGCAGGGCCGUUGGCAGUCCCAGAUGCAGCAGCUCAGGGACAUGGGCAUCCAGGAUGAGGAGCUGAUGCUGAGGGCGCUGCAGGCCACAGAUGGUGACAUCCAGGCAGCCCUGGAGCUCAUAUUUGCUGGAGGCCUGGGACUCUGAGGCCACACCUGAUUGGACGGAAGUUGCGGUGGGACAGACAGACGACUUGUCAUGAUGCUGCUCCAACAAUGAUACAUAAUGUGUUCAAACAUCUACAAGUAGACUGAAGGUGGUAGGUGUUCUUUACUAUUAGUGUGACGUGACAUAUAAUAAAAGAAUGUUCAUCUCAUC